CUCUUCCUUCAAACCCUAAGCAUUAUUGAACUUUUCAUUGAGCUUCUCAAAUCAAAGGUUGAGUUAGAAGAAUGAUGGCUGAAGGAACAACUUCAUCAGUUUCAAUAAGUUUGAAAGAAGUUGGAAAGCUAUUCGGCCAAUUAUUUGCGCUACUGCUUGCUAUAUUCGGAGUUGCAUCAGUCACUACAACAAGCAAGGAAACAACUCUACUUAUGAAGGCUUUGGCUUUCAUGGUUACUCUUUUCUACAUGGUUUUGGUGCUAGCCACAGUGUUGAACCUUCAUCUUCCAUUCGUGAUGGUUACUUUUCUCAUACUUGGAACUGUUGUUACCUUCAUUGCUUUGAUGAUUAUUUUUCCUAUGGUUGCUUGGAUUUACUUGGGCUUGUGGAUCUUCAUCUUGGCUUUGGUGAUUUUGUACUAUAAGUAUCAAAGAGAGAUCUAUCAAAUGAUUCAAGAAAAGAUAAAAUAUUUAUUUGAAAGGCCAAGUGAAAUUGAGUUGGGUACUGUCUAGAGAAAUUAUUUGUAUUUGAGUAUCUUGAAAAUAAUAUGUGUGUAGUAAUUUUAUUAUGUCAGUAAGAUGAUUGUUGUUGUGUUUCAAAAGUGUUUAAAUAGUAUUUUCAUCUUGAUUGUUCAUUUGUUCCAACUCUAAAAUGAUAUAAA